UCUUCAGUCAUGAGCUGUGGUGAAGAUGUGGUUCCUCAUCCUCAUCACCUACAUCUUUGUUCGCAUUGAGCCAGUGAACUUAGAAGGCAGAGGUAGGGCCAUUCUACGGAAUCCAGACAACAAAAGCAACCCAUGUGAAGGCAUUGUUGAAGUCUACUAUAAUGGCACGCCAGGCAACGUUGGAGAUAAAUUCUGGUCAAGCAACACUGAAAAUGUUGUGUGCAAUAUCACUCACUGUGGGACACCGGAGACCUCAGAAGACGAAUACAUCAGUUACACGAAUCGCAAGGUGUGGCUCAACGAACUCAAUUGUAGCGGUACAGAAGAAAGUUUGUGGGACUGUCCUGGCUGGCCGGCUCCAGGGCUAAGCUUUUAUCUGAAACCAACUGUGAAAAAGAUCAAAUGUUCAAAUAAUGUCAAAUUAAGCCUAACUGAACAUAGGUGUGCGGGAGCUGUGCAGUUCUCCACACAGCAGGAAACUGGUUACUUUUGUGGGGACAACUGGGAACAAAAAGAUGCCGAGCUGUUGUGCAAGAGCCUCAACUGCGGAGGAUUCAAAGAGUUUCCAAACCCUGAGUGGAUGACUGAGAAUGAUUUCCAUAAAUCAAUCAAGAUGAAGAUAAAUUGUUCCGGCAUUGAUCCGGUAGAUCAUCUGUGGCAGUGUGCAACUGAAACAUCUUCAACGUGCAAAAACCCUGCCUUUGUUGUAUGUGAAGCUUACAAGAGAGUGCAGCUCAAAGGAAACAAGACAAAUCUUUGUUCUGGGUUGCUGGAGUACGAAGAUGAUGGCAAGUGGAAACCUGUUGAAAGCAGCAAAGAAACAUGGAGAAACGGUGCAGAAACAUGGUGCCAACAAAUGCACUGUGGUGGUGGUGUGUCUGCUGUCCCUGCUAACGACACAAAGUCUCCUAAAAGCCUACGGAUCACAUGCGCGGACAAAGUAGAGGUUGUUCUGGUGGACGGAAAUAAGGAAAACAAGUGUUAUGGAUCAGUCAGUAUUAAAGUGAAUAGUAUAAAUAAGCCUGUGUGUGCCUCCACCUGGACUGACAUGGAAGCUAAAAUGGUCUGUGAUGAGUUAAAAUGUGGCAAAAUGAUAAGCAUGUUUACAAGGAGUGGGGAAGGUGGAGCAAUGGAUUAUGUGAAAUGCACCGGCAGCGAAUCCUCACUGUGGCACUGCAAUGCCAAGUACAGCAAAGACGGCAAUAUAGUCUGUUCAACCACUCCUUAUGUUGUCUGUGCAGACAGCAUCGAUGUGAAACUGGCGGAUGGUCCUGGAAGAUGUGCUGGAAGAUUAGAAGUCUACCAUGAAGGCCGGUGGAAGAGCGUCAACAGCAAGACUUCGAAACCAGGGUAUUCAGAUCUUGUCUGCAAACAACUGGGUUGUGGAACUACAAGAUCUGUAGGUGUUAAAAAAUUCAGUAAGGGCUCUGGAGAUUUUUUAAGCUUAAGCUGCAAAGCAAACCCUCAAGACAUAUCUGACUGUAUUAAAACCGUCCAAAGCAACCAACGUGAUGAACAGGAUGCUGUGGGAAUAAUCUGUGAGGAGCACGAGCUGGUUUUUCUGAAAGGAAACAAAUCCUGUUCUGGCACCGUGAUGAUUGAACAAGGAGACAGAAAUUACUGGCUUUCAGGGUCCAACGAGACAUGGAACCAAGAGUCAGCAAACACGGUGUGUCAGCAGAUGCACUGUGGAAAUGCCACCAACUAUACGUCUGAGCAUAGUAAUGAUAAGAAUAAAGAUGUUUGGCAUAAAUCCUACAACUGUUCAUCCACCAAAAACUCUUUAUUCGAAUGUGACAACUACACCUCCCUUCCAUCUGACCACAAUCAGACCAUCGCCUAUGUCGAUUGUUCAGGAGAAAUCUAUAUGUACCUGAGUAACACCUGCUGGGGGACUGUCAACAUUAGGGCAGAAGAGAAGUAUGGAGGUUUGUGUGCAGACACCUGGACGGAAGAAAGGUCUAAAACGCUGUGCUCGAGUCUGGACUGCGGGGCUAAGGUCUUACCAGCCAUAAGACAACCAGAUAGAAUAAAACCCAUGUUCAUGAGUUUGCACACCACAAAUCAUACCACCGACCUGAGCCAGAGCAACUUUGUGAAAACGAAGGAUGACAAAAGCAGUUGUACGCCAGCUUACGUUGUCUGUGCAGGUAGCAUCAAGCCCAGCUUUAGUUCCAACCGGGACAAAUGUUUUGGAAAUGUUGAGGUGUAUUAUGAGGGCAAAUCGAUCCCAGUGUCCUCAGAAGCUCUUAAAGACAAAACAACUCAAGACGCCAUCUGUAAGGAGCUGAAAUGUGGAACGGCUGUCAAGACUCUUCCCUACUUUGGGCCUACAUCUGCAGUGAAUCAAGUCGUUACAACACUGAAAUGUAGCAGCAGUGACGCUUCUUUAUCCGCUUGUGACAUCUCAGUUCAGAACAAUCCGACUGGACAAAUCAGUCUAGCAGGCCUCCAAUGCUCUGAAUGGAGGACGAUAGUAUUGGAAGUCCAGGACACUUGCAAAGGAGAUGUGGUCGUCUACUCAAAGGAAAGGCGAAGUCUCAUGUCCAGUCAUAACUGGACACACAGUCAAGGGCAGAGGCUUUGUGAGGACAUGACAUGUGGCAGUUUGCUAACAAAUGAAACUCAAAGGAAGCGAAAUCGUCUCCCUCUCUGGAACAGAACCUUCAGCUGCCCAGCUAAAAGUAAACUAAAAAGCGUCUGGGACUGUGAAACAGAGACCCCUGCACCCUCACAAAACCAGGCGCUCCAUAUUGAAUGUAAAGACACGUCAAAGGUCACCCUUUCAGGGACCUGCAGCGGAGAAGUGAGGAUAAAUAACAUUGAAAUAUGUGCACAAAACUGGGAAAUAGACUAUGCUCACAGGGUUUGCCAAGAAAUGGAUUGUGGCAAUGCCAUAUCAAACGAUACAUCUAAAAAAGCCCAGCCUAGACAGAAAUAUUUCCAUGUCAGCUGUGAUGAUCCCCAUUACAGGCUAGGUCAGUGCAAGAGAGUUCAGGGAGAGUGUAAGACUGGCCUGGUGUCUGUUUUCUGUAUUGGCAAUGUCAAAUUCAACACUACGGAAAAAUGUGGCGGAGUGAUUAAAGUGAAUUAUCGCAAUAAGUGGGAAAAUGUGUGCUUCGAGGAGUUUCCUACAAAUUUACUGAACAUGCUGUGUCAGAAGAUUAAUUGCCCCAGCAAAAAGCCAGAAACAACAGCUCAAUUAACAAAUACGGCCAUAGAAACAAGCCUGGUGUGUCCCAGUGGAUACGAUGUUAAUGAUAUCAGGUACUGUGUCAAAAACCAGUCCUGUACUGGGAAGAGACUAGCUACCAUCUACUGUGACGGCUAUGAGAGGAUUUUAAACAGUCCAGAGGAACCACCCACACCUACAGUGCCUAUUAUUCUAGGUGUUGGAGUCCUUCUGAUUGUGGUGAUAAUAAUUGUUAUAUAUGUACGAUACUACCUAAGCAGGAGAGCAAAGAAAAAACGAUUCCCAUCAGGAAUGUUGCCAGAGGAAGACAUGGAGUUUGAAAGUGGUAAAUAUGAAGAUGUAUACAAUUCAGAUGAAAUGGAAGACCUCAGUCAAGGCAAAUUCCAACCUGAAGCUGAAUUCAUAAGGGAUAAAGAUGUGCAUAGCAUUUCCUCUAUUCCUUAUGAUGAUAUCGAUGAGGUGGUUGAGUCUCAACCCCUGACCUCUCAAGGCUCGAUUGCUGCUGGCCCAAGAGACAACAACAUGCGUGAAGGCGUCCUUAACCUAAGUGAUGAUGGUAUAAAUUACGAAGUGGAUGAGUCACAAGAGAAUUACGACGACAUUGACGCCUGCCCUGAGGUCGGCCAGACUACAGCUGAAGUCCACGAAGGGACCAGAACAACGCCCGCGAGUGAUGCAGCAGCAUUUCAAGACCGUGUGCAGAAAGAUGACAAUUAUCUUGUGCCGGGCCAAGAUGGGUGAGCGAAGUUUGGUCAAAAUUCAACUCAAACAAAACUCAAUCUGGGCAAUAGAAUUCUUUCAAACCCCAACUUUCAGAUUAUUCAAUCCAACAGAUAAAUGAUGAAAUGACCAAAAUAAAUCUAGAAACAGGGAGUAAUAUGAAGAGAAAUGCUUGCUGUAUUAUAUAAUUUUGAUCUAUAUAUAUAUAUACCCAUAGUCUGUUUGUAAUUAUAGAUUUUUUUUCAGCAAUGCUCAAAGUUUUGUAUGAAAUUGCUUUUGAAUUAUCAGAUGUACUUGUUUGAAAACUAUUUUAUGUAAAUACAACAAGUGGCCUUUGUUGGCACAAUAUUAUAUGAUUCCUAUUUGCAUCAAGGAAACUUGACCAAUUUCUUUUAGCUUACACAAAAGCUAACCAGGCAACAGUGGGGGCAGCAGAGCAUUCUAGCCAUUUCAUUUUACAUUCUCUUUACUGGGAAAAUAGCACGACCUGGCAUCCAGGAAAAAGUACCAAUCAGACAGAGCCAGGCUAACCAUUCCAAUUAUUUCUCAAGUUUGUGCUAAGCUAAGCUAACUAGCUGGUAAGUUGCUAGUUGCCGGCUCAGAUAAGACUAUAGCAACUAAGUUACUCCCUCCAGGAAGUCCUGGUCAAGAUGGCAAAAAGUUUCAAAGUGGCUGUUAGCACUAUGCAUCUUGGUACGGCACUUCUUUUAAUCUACGUCUUUUCCGCCCUCUGUGUUAUUUUUGUUAAUAACAUUUGAAAUAACUUUCUAUGGAAAAUUUUGUUGGCUUGCUCAGUAAGUGUUGAUUAUGUGACUUUAACAUUUAUCCUGGAAAUGUGUCACUUGUCUUCAUGUCAUAGUCUGGGCAACACACAACACUUUACAAUGAUUUCUGUCUGUAAACAAUGUUCCAUAAAACAUACUGCAAAUAUUUGGAGUUCAGUUUCUCAUAGUUGACAUAAGUCUGCUUUUCUGUUUACCAUAAAAGUUUAGCUUUUCGAAUGUAGCCUACUGUUUAAAACAUAAGUGAAAAUUAUUCAAUACUGUAGAUGCUGUUAAAUAUGCUUUGUUGGUCAGAAAAUGCGGUUAUCUGAUAAUGACUAUUUUUAAAGAUGUUUCUUUUAUGCUGUGUUAUGUGUUUUUAUUCAUAUUUCAUUAAUGCAAAGCUGUUGUUUGCUUUUUUAAACUAUGUUAUUCCUUUGGUUAAUUCAUUUGGUAUGUUGUUUCACUGAAGCAAUGAACAACAUGGUCAGGUGAACUAAGCUUUAAAAUGAAUGUUUUAAAUGUUAAAUGUUUAACGAAGUCAUGUUUGAUUUAUGUUAUCAUUUUGUGCUAUCACAUCAUUAAAAAUCUUUGUCCACUG